AUGUUCAGAUUUUUUCUACUUAUUAGUAGACAAGGAAAAACCAGAUUGGAAAAAUGGUAUUCAUCUUACCAACAAUCUGAACGUAAAAGAUUUAUUAAAGAAGUUACCCAAAUGAUCAUUAAUAGACAGGGAAAAUUAUGUAACUUUAUUGAUUGGAAAGGCCAUACACUUGUUGUUAAAAGAUAUGCAAGUCUUUAUUUUGUUGCUUGUAUUGAUAAAAAUGAUAAUGAACUUCUUGCUCUUGAAAUUAUACAUCAUUAUGUUGAAGUACUUGAUAGAUAUUUUGGAAAUGUCUGUGAACUUGAUCUUAUAUUUAAUUUUCAUAAAGCUUAUUUUAUUCUGGAUGAAAUUAUUCUUGCUGGAGAAAUUGAAGAAAGUAGUAAAAAAGCUGCAUUGAGAGUUAUUUCUACACAAGAUUCCAUGAUGGAUGAAAAUAAAGAUCAUGGUAAUAUUAUAUUAAAUGGAAGCUCUGUUGGAGUUAGUAUUUCUACUCCUAAUAUUGCUUUAUCUGCAGUUAAUGCUGCCAAAAGAGCUGGUGCUUUAUUUUAA